UUCUUUUUAUCUCUGCAGUGAUUCCCAUUACCACUCUGCACAAUCCCAAAAAAGGAGAGGUUUCCAUUAACAAACAAAACACAUUUUUCUUCCUUCUUCUAUUGCCUCCAGAAUUUCAUUUCCAAAAUUUGCAAUUCCCAGUUCUUCAAAUUCCCCAUUCCUUGUUAAAAAAACUCCAAAAUAAAUCUCACACCCACAAAGAGGGAAUUUGUUUUCCUUGACACUUGUUAGGCCCUUCUUUUGUAUCUCUUUCCAUUAGGUUUUGUCGAAAUUCCCAUCAAAACUCAAAAACCCAUUAUUAUUUCCAAUUCCCCUUUAUGAUUAUUCCUUUUCCACCUCACAAUCUGAUGAUAAAGCCUUAAGAUUCCCAUCCAAAAUUGGGUCUUUUUUUUUUCUUCUUCUUCACAAAGACCAUCUUUUCUUUUUCACUACUAGUAUAUAAAAAUUCAAUCUUUCAUUACUUUUCUCUUUAUUUAAGCACCGAAUCCUUAAGGGAGAAGAAAAACGCAAAAUUCUUUAGCAAACAUGAAGGUCCACCCUAUGCCAAAGAAGCGAAAUAUCACAAUCCAAUACAACAUCAAUUCAAGAAACCCACUCUCCGAAGCUCAAGCUCUUCUGGGUCUCUCUUCAAAGAAGCUAAGGCGCUUACCCCAUGUGUUUAGCCGAGUUCUAGAGCUUCCAUUUCGGUCCGAUGCUGAUGUGUCGAUUGAGGAAAAACCGGAUUGUUUCCGAUUCAUAGCUGAGACGGAUGAGAAUAUCGGUGAAGUGAGGGCCCACAUGGUUGAAAUCCAUCCUGGGGUGACAAAGAUUGUGGUGAGGGAAGGUGGGUCGCUUGAGUUGUCUCUGGAUAGUUUGGAGCUUGAUAUGUGGAGGUUUCGGCUACCCGAGUCGACUCGGCCCGAGUUGGCUAGUGCGGUUUUUGUUGAUGGAGAGCUUAUUGUGACUGUGCCAAAGGGUGAUGAGGAAGUUUUGGAAGGUGGUGGGGGAAAUGGAAGUGAUGGUGGAGAUGAAGAGAUUUGGAGAGAUGGGAAUGGUGGCGGCUUUAGAGGAGGUAUGGGAGGUAGGCUUGUGCUUGUACAGUAAUUAUUAAAAAAAGAAAAAAAAAGUUUUAAAUUAUUUGCUCUUAUUUUGAGUUGGGUUUUUAGUUUUGAAGUUAGUGGGGUGGGUGGUGGGACUCGUUUAUGUAUGCUUCUACUUCCUUUGUUGUUGAAUCAUGAAAUGUUGUUUUUGUCACAUGGAAAGUGUGAUGGCAAUGGCAAUGGCAAUGAAGAAUGAAUAUGAUCGUUGAGUCUUAUUAUUGUUAUUACUUUUUAUAGAGAUGAUAGAAUUUGAACCUGUGGCCACUGCUUUAUGAUGAUUGCCCGAUAUCGAUAGCUCAAAACAUCAAUUGGUUUUUGAUAUAAGUGGAAUUUGAAGCCAAUUCCGUUAUUUGAUUUCAAGAGACUUCAUCAGUUGAGCUAACUAGAAUUGAGCUAACUAGAAUCCACUGAGUGUAAAUUUUGUACUAGUUCAUUGAUGUCGCUUUACUUUGGCAUGUUUUUGUCUUUUUCCACUGACAUUUUGUUUUGUAGGUUAGAUGGUUCUUGAUGUAUUGUAGGAUUAGUUAAUUUGGCUAGAGAGUGGUGUUGAAAGUUGAAGCACUUUCCUUUUUGUGUUUACUUUUGAAUAAACAAAACCUUAUGGUUGUCUGAUGAAAACUUUGUCUUCUUCUUUUCA